ACCGACCUUGGUCCGAUAUGUCCAAGAUGCAGCUGCAGCCAAUUGACCAAGGCUUUAAUCUUCGUGACACGAACUGCUCGGCGACUGUGUACACUGACGACGCCUUCAGCGGCGGUGGAUUAUUGCGUUGUCUUCACAAGCCGAACCGGAAUCUGCCAGACGCAAAACUGUACAUACGGCCCUUCGAUCUUGAGGACGUCCGAGCUCCGAACGGGCCUUCGAUCGAAGAAAUUGGCCUGUAUAUGGUGAACCCGGGACGACGGACAGCAGUCUUUCUGUUGGGAGAGCUCCACAUAAGACGACCCGCUGAUGAACCAAAAACGCGUCAGAGUAUUAUUUUGCCGAGAGACGAAGUGUGCGUUCGCGAGAGAGUGGGCGCGGUCGCGACAGAUACCGACGAGCCGGAGAGAAAAAGGUAUCGAGAUGAGGAGCAUGCGCCUGCCCACCUGAUCAUCGCGACAGCCACCUAAUAAAA